UCUUGGAAGUCUACUAUUGCUGGGUUUUUGUUUUUUUGUUUUUGUUUUUGUUUUUUACUGAAGAAGGUGCAUAUAUAACAGGAAUUUAUAAAGACGUGGAUUCGACAAGCUGCACAAAUGGUCUUUCUGUGGGACUCCAAAUACGACCCCUCCCAUGGCCGGCGCUACACUCCCCCAUCCACCACCCUUGCGUCUGGGGAAAAGAUAGCUGAGACCCUGGGCGCCCAAGAGGUUGAAAGUGGUGUGUCACUUGUGGGCAAGCUGCGCAUGGCCAGCCAUGACAUGGUGGUCUCAGAUCACACGGGAGAGUUGGUGAAGACGGACAGUCCUAACUUCUUGUGCUCGGUGUUGCCAACACACUGGCGGUGCAACAAAACCCUGCCCAUUGCGUUUAAGGUGGUGGCUCUUGGCGAGGUUUCUGAAGGCACAAUGGUGACAGUGAUGGCAGGAAACGACGAGAACUACUCAGCAGAGCUGCGCAACGCCACAGCUGCCAUGAAAAACCAAGUGGCCCGAUUCAAUGACCUGCGCUUUGUUGGACGCAGCGGCCGGGGUAAGAGUUUCACUUUGACCAUCACAGUGUUCACCAACCCCCCCCAGGUGGCGACCUACCAGAGAGCCAUCAAAAUCACUGUGGACGGUCCCAGAGAGCCACGACGUCAUCGCCAAAAGAUGGAUGACAUCAAGCCCGGGUCGUUGGCCUUCUCCGAGAGGCUCACCGAGUUGGAGCAACUGAGGCGGAGCUCUAUGAGAGUAACGCCCCCACACCAUCAUCAUCACCCCCAUCAUCAGCAUCACCAUCAUCACCAUCACCAGGCCUCCGUCAGCAACACACGCCAGUCGGCUGCGGCUUCGUUGCACUCUGCCACGUUCUCCAGCCCCGCCCAUACACAGAUGUCUGCUGAUGCUCGACCGCUGCAGUCCUCGCCAUCGUGGUCCUACGACCAAUCGUAUCCAUACCUGGGCCAGAUAGCCGCACCCAGCAUCCACCCAGCCAAUCCACUUUCACCAACUCGCUCGUCGCUGGGUGAUCUGUCCUCACGACUUACUGGUUCUGACCUGACCUUUGGUGACCCAAGGAUGACAUUGGAACGACCUUUCACCUCUCUUCCCUCUUUGCCGGACCCACGUUUCUCCGACCCGCGCGUACAUUACCCUCCCACGGCGGCCACCUUCACCUACACGCCCCCCCACAACCCCGUCUCCAAUGGCACGCUAGGCAUCACCAUGGCAACAGCCAUGGCGACCACACCCGCUGGAAGGUACCACACCUACCUGCCAACGCCAUACCCGUCAAACGCGCCGCACCAGCCGCAAAACAGGCCCUUUCAGUCCACCUCGCCGUACCACGUGUACUACUCGACGACCACCGGCUCCUACCAGUUCUCCAUGAUGGCGGGGGGAGGAGACUCACGUUCCCCGCCGAGAAUACUGCCGCCUUGCACCAACGCUUCCACCGGCUCGCCUCUCCUGCACCCGUCUCUGCCCAAUCAAAACAAUGGGGUGGGCGUGGAGGUGGAGUCGAGCCAUAGUAGCUCCCCUGCAAACAUGGCCUCCGUCGAGGCCGUUUGGAGACCUUACUGAUGGACGAACGUUUUCAUCAACGCACACUGAUAGUGCUUUUAUUUCAUGUGACACUGUAGAUGUUCAUUGUUUUUGUACGGCCGUAUGAUUUGAAGGAUGAAUGUAAAAGUAAGUUUUUUGUAGGAUUGCAAACACACAAUUGUCAAAAAUUCAAAUACAAAAAUCUGGUACUCACAGUUAACAGGAAUAAAAAAUGAUGACCAAAAGUGACGCUUUGAAAAAAAAAAAACAAAAAAAAAACUACCACCUCAAGUAGAGAUGUCCGAUAAUAUUGGCCGAUAAAUGCGUUAAAAUGUAAUAUCGGAAAUUAUCGGUAUCGUUUUUUUUUAUUAUCGGUAUCAUUUUUUUGCUUGUUUUUUUGUUUUUUUAAUUAAAUCAACAUAAAAAAAUACAAGAUACACUUACAAUUAGUGCACCAACUCAAAAAACCUUCCUCCCCCCAUUCACACUCAUUCACACAAAAGUGUUGUUUCUUUCUGUUAUUAAUAUUCUGGUUCCUACAUUAUAUAUUAAUAUAUAUCAAUACAGUCUGCAAGGGAUACAGUCCGUAAGCACACAUGAUUGUGCGUACUGCUGGUCCAUUAAUAGUACUAAACUUUAACAGUUAAUUUUACUCAUUUUCAUUAUUUACUAGUUUCAACGUGACUGUUUUUAUAUUGUUUUACGGUACUUUCUUUUUUAUUCAAGAAAAUGUUUUUAAUUUAUUUAUCUUAUUUUAUUUUAUAAUUUUUUUUUUAAAGUACCUUAUCUUCCCCAUACCUGGUUGUCCAAAUUAGGCAUAAUAAUGUGUUAAUUCCACGACUGUAUAUAUCGGUUGAUAUCGGCAUCGGUAAUUAAAGAGUUGGACAAUAUCGGAAUAUCGGAUAUCGGCAAAAAGCCAUUAUCGGACAUCCCUAACCUCAAGACUUACUGGGCAAAAAGGAGGAGCGGAGCAACGAGGACGACUGGAAGACGGUCAGAGACUGAAGCUUUUUUUUUUUUAAACCACAGAAUGUCAGUACUUGGGGCUUUUCAACGCCACUGAUUGGGAAACUGACGCAAGUGUGUUUCAGUUACCCACCCUUCAUUGGAAGUGGGCAUCUGCAGAGGAAACACACAAAAGGAACCAAUAGGGGGAAACAAUACAAAAAAAAGGCAAGGUGAGUGAGUGGAGUGCCUUAUGGCAAACAAGUGUUGUAUCCUCACUCUGUCCGGUUAUCCUCACAGUACUUAAUGACAUUAUUCAGGUUUCCUUUGACUGUUGUUGAUCACAAUGUCCUCAGUCAACCGACAAUUAAAUUCAACAUCAAACUUUUCAAA